ACCCUUAUGCAUCCAUAGACCAUUUUUCUACAUUGUAAUUUUUUUUUUUUUUUGACAAUUUUGGCUGUGUUAAUGCAUAUGGCAUGAAAUUUGGCAAAGGUGUGAGUUUUUUUUUUAAAAUUUUUAAAUUUCAACCUCAGAUCCUAUAACAUAGUCAAUAAUACACGGUAAAGGAAAACUGUUACCCUGGGUGUAUUAGGUGCGAUAACGGUAUGAUUAAAACCCAUUAAAACUGCGAUUUUUGAUCCCACGGAGGUUACAACAUAAAACCAUGCAUUCUGUGAUAUCAGGCUUUCAUUACGGAGUCCUGGCUCCAAAUUUAUAGUUUUUACUAUUUUCCACCAUAUUGAGCCAUUUUCCCUAUAUAUGACCUAUGGGGAAAAUACAUGGUAUUUUCUGCGUGUCCUGUGGGGGCGCUAUUGUUGUAUAAUGGCACCAAAAAAGGAAAUGUUUGAAAUUGAAAUGAUGUUUGCUUAUUGAUAUGGAUGUCAGAGAGUGGUGUGUGUAAAAAAAAAAAGUGUGUGUGUGUGUGUGUGUGUAUGUCUGUGCGUGUGUGUAUCCAGCUAUGUCAUUAUCGAGAGAUAGAAAUGACAAAUCGCAGAAGUUAGAAUUUUGCUCUUUGAAGAUGUUUGUGUGUGUGUGUGUGUGUGUGUGUGCGUGUGUGUAUGUGUGUGUGCGUGCAUGUGUGUAUGCAUGUGUGGGCGUGUGUGUGCACAUACACGCAUGUGCACGCGCGUGCAUGUGCGCGUGCAUGUGUGUGCAUCCAGCUAUGACAGUAUCCAGAGAUAGAAAUGACAAAUUACAGAAGUUAGAAUUUGGCUCUUUGAAGAUGUUUGUGUGUGUGUGUGUGUGUGUGUGUGUGUGUGUGUGUGUGUGUGUGUGAGAGAUUUGUACUACAGGUGUACUUGUGUACAUUGCAUGACCUUAUGAGCCAAGAGUAAAUGGUUCUCAUGGCAUUUGUUUCCAUUCGCUCUGUUUCAUGUGUCUUUGCUGUACAGAGAUAAAACAUGAGCUUGACUUUGAUAUAGAAGUGCAAAGCCCUUCUAUAAUUUCUUCUUAUCAUAUGCUUGCAACACACACCUACAAAGUGGCACAUACACACCCACUCAUGCACUCCUUCAAAAAAAAAAAAAAAUGGGGCACCUUGCAACGCUUCAAAGAUGCAGCUGUGGGUAAAAUCAAAACAAAUGCUGACUUUGUUUUUGAGACCAUCAGUGAGUUUAUGCAGCUGCUGUCGCAGCCAAGUCUAUAAGUAUAUCAAGCUUGAGGGGACAGUCAUUUCAUUUCUGGCAAGAUGGAGAGAAGAUCGCUCACAGUGCAACAAGUUUUGGAUGCAGUCAUGCAAUCAGAUAGCGAGGAGGAGCAUGAGGAAACCGAGGAGGAAACCGACACAGAUGACGUGGAGUACCAGGUGGAGUCUGAUUCUGCUACCUCUGAUGAAUCCUCUGAGAAUUGGGAAGACACAGACGAGACAGAGGUGGGAUGGAAAUCAAAGAGUGGCCAAAUCUGGUCUCCCACUCACACCGAGACGCUGCGCUACCAUCCAGCAGCCACCGGUGUGCUCGCAGGGCCCACGCGGUACGCCACUGCCAGGAUCAGCACAAUAAAGUCGAGCUUCGAUUUGUUUAUGACAGAGGAAAUCCUCCAGAUUGUUCUGGACAUGACCAACCUGCAGGGGAGACGUUCUGUCGCAGACUGGAGAGAGGUGGAUGCAACUGAACUGCAGGCGUACAUUGGGCUGUUGCUUCUGGCUGGUGUAUACCGGUCAAGGAAUGAAGCUACGGUCAGCCUGUGGGAUGACCGCAAAGGACGGGCCAUCUUCCGGGCCACCAUGUCACAUCGUAGGUUCAGCCUCAUCAACUCCAACCUGCGAUUUGAUGACAGGCUGACCCGACCUGCUCGUCACAGGGACGACAAGUUGGCUGCCUUCCGGACCAUCUGGGAAAAGUGGAUCGAUCGGCUCCCCCUGCUCUUCAACCCGGGCCUGGAUGUCUGUGUGGAUGAGCAGCUCGUCCCAUUCAGAGGCCGAUGUGGGUUCCGGCAGUACUUACCAAAAAAACCAGCCAAGUAUGGGAUCAAAAUUUGGGUCACCUGUGAUGUUGGGACGUCAUAUGCGUGGAAAAUGGAUAUCUACACAGGGAAACCGGCUGGGGCUGCUGCGGAGGUAAACCAGGGAAAGAGGGUUGUCCUGGAGAUGACAGAGGGGCUCCAGGGUAACACCGUCACCUGUGAUAACUUUUUCACCUCCUACUCACUGGCAGAAGAGCUGCUGAAGAGGAAAGUGGCCCUUGUUGGCACAAUCCGAAAAAACAAACCAGAGCUUCCCCCGAUACUGCUGCAGGUGAGGCAGAGAGCACUCUUCUCCUCCAUUUUCGCUUUCACGAGGACCCACACAGCGGUGUCAUACAUCCCUAGACGGGGGAAGAAUGUGCUGCUCCUCAGCACAAAACACCGUGAGCCAGCUGUGACUGAUGAUGAAAAAAAGAAGCCCAAAAUCAUAGCAGACUACAACCGGUGCAAGGGAGGUGUCGACAACCUGGAUAAGGUUGUCAGCACCUACAGCUGCAGGAGGAGGACCUGUCGGUGGCCACUGGCGCUGUUUCAUAACGUCCUCGACGUGUCUGCUUACAAUGCCUUUGUGCUGUGGACAACAGUGGACCCCUCCUGGAACCAGGCCAAGACAUUCAAGAGGAGGCUCUUCAUUGAGGAGCUGGGGGAAAUGCUUGUGACCCCACACAUGGCACGGAGAGAGCGCCUCCCCCGUACACCAGCCGCUUCCAACAUGGUGAAGGAGCUACAGCAACUAGAUCUAAACCCCGACACCAGGGCCAAAAGGAGGAGGGUGUGUAAGUUUUGCACAGACAGAAAGACAAAAACUGUCAUCGCCUGCUGCAAGUGUGGCAAUUCUGUCUGCAAGGUGCACGCCUUAUCCAUUUGCAGCUCAUGCUCUAGCUGAACUGAACUCUGUCUCUCACACUCAUGCACACACACGCACAUGCACAUAUAUACUGUUCUGAAGGUUCUUGAAUUUUGUUGAAUAAAUCUUGUUCUUGUUGUGAACUUGAAUUUUUGUUUUAUUUCUAGAACAAAAAAAGGUAAUGGGCAUAACAAAUAAUGCAUAAAAAUCCAGUUUGCAUUUAGUAUAUGGAAAAUAUUUCAUUUUUUGUGUUUUUUUCAUAUAAAACAACAGUGAUUUUCUGUAAAGAAACUGGCAAUUAAAGGGUUAAAAUCCUGAAAAUGACUGAAUAUUUAACUGUUAUGAUCAGGACUGAUGUGGGUUAAAAAACUAAAUCAGUUAAAGUGAAAAAAAAAUUAAAAUAUAAUAAUUUUAUGGCAAUAAUUUGACAAGUACAUAUUUUGUUCCCUAAUGCACUGAGUGUGAGUUUUUUUUUAAAUCUAACACUGCACAAAAAAUAAUAAUGCAUAAAAAUCUAUUUUGUUGUUAAUCAUUGACAUAUCCCAGGCUGUGAUAAUCCCCCCUAAAAAAAUCCAGUUUGCAUUUAGUACAUGGAAAAUAUUUCAUUUUUUGUGUUUUUAUCAUAAAAAUUUACAGUAGCAUCAUGUAAACACAUUGGCAAUUAAAGGGUUAAAAUUCUAAAAAUUAAUGAAUAUUUAAUUGUUAUGAUCAGGACUGAUGUGGGUUAAAAAAAUUAAAUCGGUGAAAGUGAAAAAAAAAAUGUAUGUAUAAUAUUUUUAUGGCAAUAAUUUGUACAGUACAUUUUUUGUUUCCUAAUACACUGAGUGUGAGUUUUUUUUUAAAUCUGACACUGCACAAAAAAUAAUAAUGCAUAAAAAUCUAUUUUGUUGUUAAUCAUUGACAUAUCCCAGGCUGUGAUAAUCCCCCCUAAAAAAAUCCAGUUUGCAUUUAGUACAUGGAAAAUAUUUCAUUUUUUGUGUUUUUAUCAUAAAAAUUUACAGUAGCAUCAUGUAAACACAUUGGCAAUUAAAGGGUUAAAAUCCUAAAAAUUAAUGAAUAUUUAAUUGUUUUGAUCAGGACUGAUGUGGGUUAAAAAAAUUAAAUCGGUGAAAGUGAAAAAAAAAAUUAAUGUAUAAUAUUUUUAUGGCAAUAAUUUGUACAGUACAUUUUUUGUUUCCUAAUACACUGAGUGUGAGUUUUUUUUAAAUCUGACACUGCACAAAAAAUAAUAAUGCAUAAAAAUCUAUUUUGUUGUUAAUCAUUGACAUAUCCCAGGCUGUGAUAAUCCCCCCUAAAAAAAUCCAGUUUGCAUUUAGUACAUGGAAAAUAUUUAAUUUUUUGUGUUUUUAUCAUAAAAAUUUACAGUAGCAUCAUGUAAACACAUUGGCAAUUAAAGGGUUAAAAUCCUAAAAAUUAAUGAAUAUUUAAUUGUUUUGAUCAGGACUGAUGUGGGUUAAAAAAAUUAAAUCGAUGAAAGUGAAAAAAAAAAAUUAAUGUAUAAUAUUUUUAUGGCAAUAAUUUGUACAGUACAUUUGGUGUUGCUAAUACAUCCAGGGUAACUUUGAAAAAUUGCUGUUUAAGGGUUAAA